AUGAUUGAUCUUGUCCAACGAAGCACUAAAAAAGUCAAGGCACGAGAUGUCGAUCUUAACCAAUCAGGGGACGCAAUAGAAAUUCGUACUGACAAUGUUGAGAAAAUGGUGAUGAAGCCUAAGAUAUCAUAUAAAGAAUCUCUCCUAGUUGCACCCGAGUUGAUACGUGAUGAAAAUAAUGUUUUAAACAAUAGCAUCACGGAGGAUGGACCUAAUUCAGAGGAUCGAUGGUACAGAGAAGACGAGGACUUAUCGAUUAAGGAUAAAGCUUUCGAUCCUUGUCUGGAAAUUAAAGUUUCAAAAGAAGAAUUUAAUGAAUGGUGCAAACCCUGGCAUGUUACUUUCAUUGUCAAAAUACUCGGAAAAAUAAUCCAUUUAGGAACCAUGGAGCAACUUCUGAAUAGAGAUUGGGCAAAUAAAGGUAAGAUUAAUGUUAUUGAUAUGGAUCGUGAUUAUUUCUUAGUUCAUUUUGCAGAAGAAGAUUAUUCUCACGCCCUUCUUGGAGGACCUUGGAUGGUGGCGGGACACUAUUUGAUAGUUCAAAGAUGGAGACCUUUCUUUUUGUCUUUAGAACAGCAAGUGAAAAAAGUUGCAACGUGGAUUCAUAUUCUUAAUUUGCCUAUUGAACUAUAUAAUCAUCAUUUCUUAUGGAGGGUACGGUCGACCAUCGGAACUAUAUUGAAGGUUGAUAAAGCUACAUCGAUUCAUUCGAGAGGACGCUUCGCAAGGAUAUGUGUAGAAAUUGACUUAUCAAUAAAAUUGAUCCCAAAAAUAUCUGUUCUGGGAAACACUCUAAACAUUGAAUAUGAGGGCCUUCACCUGAUUUGUUUCAAUUGCGGGGUUUAUGGCCACCGCUCUGAGUUAUGUGGAGAGGCAUCUGUUAUCAGGGAGGAUCAUCAGGCGGAGGUGGCGAAAGAGAAACAAGUGGUUUUCGAUGGUGACGCAAUUGUUGAUAGCCAGGAAAGGCAAGAGGAGAUCUCAGGUGAUUGA